AUGUCGCCUGCCCCUAUUACUGAGGAUACGCAACCGGAUCUGCAUUCUGACCAACUGCAAGCUGUGGGCAAAGCUUUUGAUGCCCUUCUACUAACACUAUAUCAACUUACCAACAGGCACAAUGAACUCAAGCACCAUGCAGAGGAUAUUUUUAAGGAGUUUACCAAUGUCACCAGACAACUGGCACCCCACGAUAGACCUCAUGCGAUGGAUAUACAACAAAGAUUACUGGAUGAGCAGAAAGAAUUGUGUCUAGGGGUGCAAAGCAAGCCACGAAUCGAAGAACAAUCCCUAAAUUCCAUGGACGUAAUCAAGACACUCGUUUCGCAUCAGAAUGUAGACGAAAACGCCAUUCAGGCAAUAAUGGCAGGAAUUAAGGGCUACAAGGCCAUGCUCCGCUCCCAAGAUGACCCCUCCCGAACAUCCAACUCGUGUAUCCUCGCUUACGGACCAGACCUCUCCAAGUCCCUUGAGCGAGAUUUUACAACGAAUGGUACGCAGGGCAGUCUUCACUGCCCUUUCUCUCAGAACGAAAUGAAUGGAAAGAGUGACGGUCCUAAAAUUCAAAUUGAUUCCUGUGGUCAAGCUGAGAUGGAUCCCAUCAAAGCCGAGUUGGAAGAGCGACGCCUUAGCACAGCCCCGUCUGCUCCAUCUGCUCCGUCAAUACGAUCAUCCCAAUGCCCCGUGUCCCGAUGCCCGAUUCGAUUCCUGGACAAACACUCACCUGAAGAAAUUGCUUCAUAUGUUGAGCGCCACAAGCAUGAAAUCCCCCGCAGCCACGCCAUAUGUGUCAAGCGAUACCAGAGAGAUCCCCAGAACAUGCGACAGUUGGACGCAAAGUACGGAGGAUUGAUCAACAUGAUUAGUGGACUGUCGGCCAAACACCAGAUCUUCCUUCCAAACCAACCGACCAACGGAUAUGAUGGCGAUGGCGCUUCGUCGCGUGCACCUACUGAGAGGGUUGAGAAAUGGGCAGAAACCGUGGACCCAACGACUGCAUCAAUACAUGACGAGAAUAAAGAUGAACGGGAAGGACGCUUCGAACGCCCGGAUCGCCCACUCCGCGAAGUUCGGUUGGGUGAAUCCCCAAGCAGGCCUUGGGGUAUUCCCGUGCCAAUAACCCAAGAAGCCAAUUCUGUACCUGUCCAUGCAUCAGCAUCUACUCUCCUAUCCCCCACAGCCCAUGAAAACUCCCAUGAGAAAUCACCCGAGAUUCCGACCAAGCCGGUUGAUGGCUGUCCGUUUGGACACGGUGCCCCCAAUAUGACAGACCCCAAACCUGAAGUCCAACCAGAUCCAGAACCUGUACUUGAUGCCCCCAAACUCGAGUCUCCAUGGGCCAACUGGGGAAACAGCAACACAGCUGGUACCGCUCCAAAGACCGAGGAACCUUCAAAACCCAACACAAACUCAAUACCGGCGAAUGUGAUCUUCAACGGCCCUGUUUUCUUCGGAUACCCCUCUGAGCAGGUAGCUACUCUGCUGCAACAACUCGGACAAUUGAGUAAGCACUGA